GCGGCGGCGUGAGGGGCGAGCGCGCGGCGAUUCGGGCGUGGAGAGGCGCGGGCCGGUCUCCCGCUGGGCUCGAGUGCAGUCAUGCCGGCCGAGCAGCCCGAGAGCAGCGGCGGGUCCCCCGCUGCAGACACAGUGGACCCGGCCGGGGAGGUGGUGAUUACCGCUGCCAUGCUGGAGGAGGAGGAGCAGCUCGAGGCAGCUGGACUGGAACGAGAGCGGGUGAUGUUAGAGAAGAUGAGGAAACAUUCUCAUAAAAGAUCACUUGAGCCCCUGCAGGCUCGCAUGUCUUGGGACAGAGACUCCAAUGAUAUUCGAUACCGUAGACUUCAGCAUUUGCUUGAAAAAAGUAAUAUCUACUCCAAAUUUUUGCUGACUAAAAUGGAACAACAACAGUUGGAGGAACAGAAGAAGAAGGAAAAGUUGGAGAGAAAAAAGCAAUCUUCAAAAGCUUCAGAGGGUAAAAAUUCAGUUGAUACAAGUGAGGAGAAUUCAGUCAUGAAAAAGAAAAGAGGAAGAGAAGAUGAAUCAUAUAAUAUUUCAGAGGUCAUGUCAAAAGAGGAAAUUUUGUCUGUGGCUAAAAAACACAAGGAGAAUGAGAAUGAAAGCUCCUCUACUAAUCUCUGUAUGGAAGAUCUUCAGAAAAAUAAAGAUUCAAAUAGUAUAAUUAAAGAUAGAUUAUCUAAAACUGUUAGGCAGAAUACCAAAUUCUUUUUUGAUCCAGAUCGGAAAUGCAAUGGACAGCCAGUACCUUUUCAACAACCAAAGCACUUCACUGGAGGAGUGAUGCGGUGGUACCAAGUAGAAGGCAUGGAAUGGCUUAGGAUGCUUUGGGAAAAUGGAAUUAAUGGCAUUUUAGCAGAUGAAAUGGGAUUGGGAAAGACUGUCCAGUGCAUUGCUACAGUCGCACUGAUGAUUCAGAGAGGAGUACCUGGACCUUUCCUUGUCUGUGGCCCUUUGUCUACACUUCCUAACUGGGUGGCUGAAUUCAAAAGAUUUACACCAGAAGUUCCUACUAUGUUAUAUCAUGGAACCCGUGAAGAACGUCGGAAAUUGGUAAGAAAUAUUCACAGACGACUAGGAACACUGAAUAUCCAUCCAGUGGUAAUUACAUCCUUUGAAAUAGCCAUGAGAGACCGAAAUGCAUUACAGCAUUGCUAUUGGAAAUACUUAAUAGUAGAUGAAGGACACAGGAUUAAGAAUAUGAAGUGCCGUCUAAUCAGGGAGUUAAAACGGUUCAAUGCUGAUAACAAACUUCUUUUGACUGGUACUCCCUUGCAAAACAAUUUAUCAGAACUUUGGUCAUUGCUAAACUUUUUGUUGCCAGAUGUAUUUGAUGACUUAAAAAGCUUUGAAUCUUGGUUUGACAUCACUAGUCUUUCUGAAACUGCUGAAGAUAUUAUAGCUAAAGAAAGAGAACAGAACGUAUUACAUAUGCUUCACCAGAUUCUGACUCCUUUCUUACUGAGAAGGCUAAAAUCUGAUGUUGCUCUUGAAGUUCCUCCUAAACGAGAAGUCAUUGUUUAUGCACCACUCUCAAACAAACAAGAGGUCUUUUAUACAGCCAUUGUGAACCGUACAAUUGCAAGCAUGUUUGGAUCUAGUGAGAAAGAAGCAGUUGAGCUAAGUACGACUGGACGACCAAAACGUCGAAGUAGAAAAUCAAUAAAUUAUUGUCAAACAGAUGAAUUCCCUAAUGAAUUAGAAAAACUAAUAAGUCAAAUACAGCCAGAGGUGGAGAGAGAGAGAGCUGUUGUGGAGGUGAAUAUCCCUGCAGAAGCUGAAGUUAAUCUAAAACUUCAGAAUAUCAUGAUGCUUCUUCGUAAAUGCUGUAAUCACCCAUAUUUGAUCGAAUACCCUAUAGACCCUGCCACACAGGAGUUUAAGGUCGAUGAAGAAUUGGUUGCAAAUUCUGGAAAAUUCCUAAUUUUGGAUCGAAUGCUGCCUGAACUUAAAAAAAGAGGUCACAAGGUGCUGCUUUUUUCACAAAUGACAAGGAUGUUGGACAUCUUGAUGGAUUUCUGCCAUCUUCGAAAUUUCUCCUUCAGCAGGCUUGAUGGGUCCAUGUCUUAUUCAGAGAGAGAAAAAAAUAUAUACAAUUUCAACACGGAUCCAGAUGUUUUUCUUUUCCUAGUGAGUACGCGAGCUGGUGGUCUGGGCAUUAAUUUGACUGCAGCAGAUACAGUUAUUAUUUAUGACAGUGACUGGAAUCCCCAGUCUGAUCUUCAGGCUCAGGACAGAUGUCAUAGAAUUGGUCAGACAAAGCCAGUUGUUGUGUACCGCCUUGUCACAGCAAAUACUAUUGAUCAGAAAAUUGUGGAAAGAGCAGCUGCAAAAAGGAAACUGGAGAAGUUGAUCAUCCAUAAAAAUCAUUUCAAGGGUGGCCAAUCUGGAUUAAAUCAAUCUAAGAAUGUCUUGGAUCCCAAAGAAUUAAUGGAAUUACUAAAAUCUAGAGAUUAUGAAAGGGAAGUUAAAGGGUCAAAAGAGAAGGUCAUUAGUGAUAAAGAUUUAGAGUUGUUGUUGGAUCGAAGUGAUCUCAUUGAUCAAAUGAAGUCCUCAAGACCAAUUAAAGAGAAAAUGGGCAUAUUCAAGAUACUAGAAAAUACUGAAGAUUCCAGUCCUGAAUGUUUAUUUUAAGUUGGAGCUAAAUUUUUAAAAAUUCUUGUUUACAUCUGUUUAGAAGUUUAUUUACUGGUUUUGAAGUCGAUUGUCCACUUUACUUUUGAAUUACAUCAAUUUGUAUAAUGUAAUUACUAUCAUUGUACACUUAAGAUUAUAAUUUUCUGAGCUGUAUUAACAAAAUUCUAUUAAGUUUAGGUUUAUAUUUACUUUUUGGAACUGGUAGUAUUCUUGAGAAUUGUCAAAUAUGUACUUAACCAUUACAGAUUUAUGCAAUCUUCCUGUGGAAGUUAUAUAAAUGUCUUGACCCCUCAUGAGUAAUAUAGUUCAUGGAUUUUGGCACAGUUCUGUAGUAGGCUGUUGACUGGGGGAGAUUGAAAUUUGUGUUUUCUUAUGUUGAAGUUAAUUUUUUGAUUUUAGAGUCAAUAAAAUGAUUUAUCAAGUAAA